GGGGCGGCGGCGGGGCCGAGCCCCGCCAUGUCGGCCGAGAGGCGGCCGCGCUCGGGCCGCGGCGGCGAGGGCAUCAAGUUGUCAGCAGAGGUCAAACCAUUUGUUCCAAAACAUGCGGCGGUAACUGUGGCAUGGUCAGAACCCUCAGAAGCAUGUGUCUUUCCUAGGUACUUAACUACAUGCUACCCAUUUGUUCAGGAACCAUCUUUGGAUAAUGGUCUGGGAGAUCCUGCCUUCCGUGAAUAUUCCAGCUGCUCUUACCCACCUGACGUUGUGGCAAAUGCGUGUCCAGUAGCUGGCUCACAAUAUCAUUCUAACAACUCAACACACUAUAAUGGUUCAGGAAUAGUCGGUGAAUCUUCUGAGCAAGCAUAUCCAAUCAGACAAGAAAGUAAGAGUCUUUCAAAGCAGAGGAGAUCAAAAGAAAGUGAGAAAAAAUCGGACAAGAAAAGGCAUGAUGGAAGUGACUCUUCAGUCAGAAUUAUGAACAGGACUUCAUUCCCAACUCCUGCAUGCAGCAGAGAUUCCAUGAAGCCAGACAGGUUCAAUAAAACUACAAACAAGAAGUCAACUCAAACUCCAAAACCAGAGUCUCUUCCUGUACCCACAUUUGAAGCUAGCAUUCUGGAUUUCCACAUGUCACAGAGUUUGGGAAGCAGUGAAACACUGAAUGUACAGCACAAAAGUGCACCAGAAGAUACUUCUGCAGAAAGCAAAGCUUCAUCAAAAACUUUAAAUGAAACAGGAACCAAUUUAAUUCCCUCUUCAUUUGAUGGUAGAGAUGGCUCUGCUCAGCCACGUGUGUCUUGGGCCGGGGUACUUUCACAGCCCCCAAAGAAAAUUAUUUCAUCACCAGCAUCUGAAGGUCUUUCCAGAGGCAAAGGGAAGGAAGACAGUGAACCAAAGCAGUCAGAAACAAAAAAUUAUGCUAGUGAAACUGAGCUUGAAGAAGGUUCAGAAAAGAAGAAAAAAAAGAAGAAAAAAAAGAAAAAAACAAAGUCAUCCACUGAUGUAGAGAGACCUCAGAGUGAAUCUACUACAAUACAGGAACCACCGAAGAUUGAGGAUGUUGAGGAGUUUCCUGAUCUGACAGCUGCUUCUGAUAGGAGAAACAGGGUAGGAUCUCAGAAGUCAUCCUUUACUCCUGCACUCAGAAAGCAGUCUGAAACCCAUAUCCCUGAAGAGCCUUGUGAUACUCAGUCUCCCUCACUGGAUGAAACUCCCAAGGUGGACGGACUGACAGGGAAGCAAGCUUCAUCUUCGGUAUUAGAAAGAAAGAAAAUACAGGAAACAUCCAGGAGCAGUGGUAAGAAGAGUCAAGUUCCUGUGCAAUUGGAUUUGGGUGGCAUGCUGGCAGUCUUGGAGCAGAAGCAGCAAACAGAGAAGUUGAAACAGUCUUCUAAACCUGUGGUGUUUUCAGUUGGUGGUGCCAUACCAUUGCUUUCAAAGGAACCUUCUACGGCCACGAAAAGUCACCGGUUGAACCAAGGAAAGAUGCCUCAUAACCCUCUGGAUUCCAGUGCUCCCUUGGUAAAGAAAGGGAAACAGAGAGAAGUACCUAAAGCAAAGAGACCAACACCUCUUAAAAAGAUCAUUCUGAAAGAAAGAGAACAAAGAAAGCAACAGCACCUGUUGGAACAGAAAGCAGCACCAAAAGAUGAAGAUAAUGUUUGUCAGUCUGCAGAAAAUAUUACUGAAAACGAGACACUUCUACAGGAUAGUCAAGCAGCUCUUCCUGUAAUGCAAGUUGCUGAAGGGUUUCUGGAGAACACAGAGACCAAGGAAUCUAAAGAAGGUUCUGUAACUUCAAAGCAGCUAACCACCAAUCUUCCAAAAAUCCACAGUAGGAAUUUUAGAGAUUACUGCAGCCAGGUGCUUAGUAAAGAAGUUGACAGUUGUGUGACAGACCUUUUAAAAGAACUGGUUCGUUUCCAAGAUCGUUUGUAUCAGAAAGACCCAGUAAAGGCCAAGAUAAAACGCAGGCUUGUUAUGGGUCUUAGAGAAGUUCUGAAACAUCUGAAGCUGAAGAAACUGAAGUGUGUCAUCAUCUCUCCUAACUGUGAAAAGAUUCAGUCAAAGGGUGGGCUGGAUGAGACUCUGCACAACAUUAUCGACUGUGCCUGUGAGCAGAACAUCCCCUUUGUUUUUGCCCUGAACCGCAAGGCCCUGGGCCGCUGCGUGAACAAAGCAGUGCCUGUGAGUGUGGUGGGGAUUUUCAGCUACGAUGGGGCUCAGGACCAUUUUCACAGAAUGGUGCAGCUGACAACAGAGGCCAGGAAGGCCUACAAAGAUAUGAUAGCAGCUUUAGAAGAAGCAGCUAAAGGAGGACUACGAGAAACCCAACCCAGCAUCUUAACACGUGAACCUGAAAAAAAUGGCUUAUCAGAAACUGGUAAACCAACUUCCAAGGACUCUGAUGAGGAUGUACCAAAUUACAUUAAAGUCUGGAAGAGAAAACUUGAAGAAGAAUACAACCCAUAUGCACUGGAGUUGGAAAAGAGUGCAGCUGCUGACAUGGCGAUAGUGAAUUUGGAAGAGCAUCAGUAAAUCCAUUCUGUGGGGCUUUUAUUUUUUUUUUCUAUUAGAUCCCUAGGAAAAAGGAUAAUUUUAAGAACUAUCUGAAUUUAGCCAAGUAAACUGUUCUGAAUCCCAUUAAGCAAAAUAUACACUGGAGCACGUGAGGCACUGGUUAAUGUUCUUUAUGUUCUAUGUGUUUGGCUGAUUACUAUAGCAGAUGCAACAGCAAAUUCUUGUAGCCCCAAACUACUUAAAAUGGCUUGGCAUACUUUAAUAGACUAGCACUGAUAUUUUUUUCUUUUUUUUUUUGGUGGUGAUACAAUAUACCAAAAGAAUCUGAUGGAAAAAUAACUUUCUUUGGGAAGAGAUUCCUUGAGCCAGAAGGUUGGGGCUUGAGGGGAGUUAUCCUUAAUUUUUAACUCUUGUUUAAAGAACUUCAGCUGUUACUUGAUUGUGGGUUUCUUCUUAGUUUUUUCCUUCUAAUUGAAUAAGCCUGCUCAGAUGGACAGGCUGGUGUCAAUGUCACUUCCUUCAAGUCAGCAAGAAAUUAAUUUGGGGCAGGCAGCUUGAGUGAAACUAAUUAAGGAAGGGCAUGAUGGCAAAGUUCCCAGUUAGCUCUUCUGUGUGCUAUCUUGUUCCUUUGGGCUCACACAUCAGGUGUAAAGGAGAGAGCACAGACUACAAAGGUCUGAAAUUACUGAAGUAAAUAUGCUCUGUUUAGACAUUUUAUAAAUUUUAUGUUUCUGUUGCUGCUGAGACUAGUUUAUCAUAGAUCCUGCUUUUAAGUUAGAGCAUACUGAAGGACAGCAAAUGUGCCAGCCUGCUAUCCUGUCUGUACCUUCUCCUUCCUGAGACUCCUCAUUCCUUCAAUUUGGGGUUGUGCUGGUAUAUAUAUAUAUAUAUAUAUAAUGCUAAGAGUUUUUCAGCAAUCUCAGUUUGUAUCUAAAUAGGGAAAAUUUAUAUCUUAUAAGAAAUAAAGUUUGUAUACUAGAGGAAAUAAAAUUUUAAAAGCAAAAUGUGCUUACAGUAGUGACGGAGCAUCUUAGUGGGAGUGGCCUGUAUAAAUACUGUUGUGUGCAAGUUGUAGAUGUAAGAGGACAAGCCUAAAGGAAGUAAUUGGAGGGAUGGACAUGUAACUUCUGUCAGCUCUUCUGGAAGGUGACACAGAUGCCAUGUGUGCUGCUGCCAGCAUCUCUGAAGUGUGUCUGUAAGUGCUUCACCACAGUGAACAUUUGUAGUGCAAUACUCUGGAAAGUAGCUGCCUUGUGAUGGUAGAAGUGAUAUAAAAACUUUAAAUAAUUUUGAAAUGCAAACAAUUUUGUAGAAUGUAAAUUGUAUAAAAUCUGUUACAAUAUAUUGAUUCUAUAAAGAAUGGUUGUGACUUAAGUAAACUCUUCUGGUGGGAAUUUAA